CGGCGGCUAAGUUCCUCUGGGAAGGGGUAGGCGCGGGGGCGGUGGUUAUUUGCUGGAUGCAGGCGCGGGUCAUGUGACCGGAAGGGCUCCUGACGGACGCCGUCCCUCCUCGGCGCGGCCUAAGCGCCCGGCCCGACCCCCGCCAUGGGGUGCUGCUACAGCAGCGAGAACGAGGACUCGGACCAGGACCGAGAGGAGCGGAAGCUGCUGCUGGACCCUAGCAGCCCACCCACCAAAGCCCUCAAUGGAGCCGAGCCCAACUAUCACAGCCUGCCUUCCGCUCGCACCGAUGAGCAGGCGCUGCUCUCCUCCAUCCUCGCCAAGACAGCCAGCAACAUCAUCGACGUGUCUGCUGCAGACUCCCAGGGCAUGGAGCAGCAUGAGUACAUGGACCGGGCAAGGCAGUACAGCACCCGCCUGGCUGUGCUGAGCAGCAGCCUGACCCAUUGGAAGAAGCUGCCGCCGCUGCCGUCCCUCACCAGCCAGCCUCACCAAGUGCUGGCCAGCGAGCCUGUCCCCUUCGCCGACUUGCAGCAGAAAUAGAGGAAGCUGGCUUGCUUCUCACCUAGACGCGUCCCACUUGAGAACCCACAAGAAGUUUGAUGCCUCUGAGCAAGACUGGAUACUUUUCUCAAGUUGGGACCCCAGAGUUCAGCACUACAGGACAUGGAUUUUAGCUUAAAACACUUAAGGGUGGAUUUUUACCAUUAAUCUUGACCAUCAGAGAACCUCAGUGCAGUUCCAAAGGACUUCUGAUUUUAUGUAGCACCAGCUCCUGAAGCAUUUUUCUGGAUGAGUUAGUAUUAAAAAUAGAGCCCCGGGGCUUCCCUGGUGGCACAGUGGUUAAGAAUCUGCCUGCCGAUGCAGGGGACACAGGUUUGAGCCCUAGUCCGGGAAGAUCCCCCAUGCCGCAGAGCAACUAAGCCCGUGCGCCACAACUACUGAGCCUGCACUCUAGAGCCCGUGAGCCACAACUACUGAGCCUGUGUGCCACAACUACUGAAGCCCGCGCGCCUAGAGCUUGUGCUCCGCAACAAGAGAAGCCACCACAAUGAGAAGCUCGUGCACUUCAACAAAGAGUAGCCCCUGCUCGAUGCAACUAAAGAAAGCCCGAGUGCAGCAACGAAGACCCAAUGCAGCCAUAAAUAAAUACAUACAUAAGUAAAUUUAUUUAUUUAUUAAAGAUAAAAUGGAGCCCCAAGUAGCUGGACAAAUUUGCCCAUUGGAAAGGGUUAUUAGUCUUCUCCAUUUAAACAGCAGCCCAGGCUGUGAGCUAGUAUUGUGUCUUAUUCAUCAUCUAACACAGAACCUGGCUUACAGCAGGCACUCAGGAAAUGUUUGUGGGAGGAAUGAAUGAGAAACUGCCAAAUACAAGGAUUUCUGUUUUGGGAGUGUUGAUGCUAAGCUGCACUUUCUAACAAUUGGCUCCGAGGUUCAGCUAUUUCAGUCCACACCUCAUUCACAGUAAGAUAUUUAAUUCAAUUCUUCAAACAUUUGUUGAGCGCCUGCUGCCCUAUGCUUGACCAGAAGGAAUGAAGCCAAGAUGCAAAUAAUAGAACCCUGUCUGUAAAGAGCACAGGAAAUCCUGCUGGGUUGCUAUUGAUUGUGGCAAACCAGCCUGCAUCCAGUUCUAAGAAACAGCUGCCUACUUAGUGAAUACUUCAUGUUUCAGCACUCAGCUCUACUAUACCCUCUUUGAUGAAGACUUUCUUUCCAGAUAAAAUUGAUCAUUGUGCCCUGUAUCAGAUUGAUUCCCUUGAUGAACUCUGUCAUGGUCUCCCCUGUAUCCAUCUCUUUUGCCCUCUAACUUUGUAGUUCCAUCCACUCUGAUGCUGGGUUCAGCCAUGCAACUUGCUUUGGCCAACAGGAUGUUGGUAAACAUGAAGCAAAUAGAAGCUUAAAGAGAGGACUUGCCCUGUGCUCUUUGCCAGUGCCGAGAGAAUAUGGUUAGCCUGCUGGAGGGAUAUGAGAAACGUGUAGGUGAGAUACGUGAAAAAGAGAGCCAGGGAUCCCAGGUGAGGCCGUCCUAGAUUAGCCUAUAGCCAGCCUACCCGAAGGCAAGAUCAGGAGAGUCACCCAACCCACAUGUGACUGCAAACACAUGAAUGAGCCCUGCCAAGACCAGAAGAAACACAUGGCUGACUCAGAGACUUGGAAGCAAUAAUAAAUGUUUAUUGUUUUAAGCCACCAUGUUUUUGGAUGGUUUGUUACACAACAAUAACUAAUUGAUAUACGCCCCCACUGUACUUUGAAUAAAAUUUCAUCACAGCCUGUUUCCUUAUCUGUAAAUUGGAGACAAACCCUGUCUUGAGAGCUGUUGUAUGUCCUGUAGCAGGUGUUCAAUAAAUUGAACCAUUUGUACUCUCUGUACUCAUUUCUUUAUAACCUACUUCCUGUUCCCUCCCUGUAAGCUUGAGGACAGGGAAAGAAGUCAGACUUCUUUCUCUGUUCCCACCAUUACCCUGCACCAAGCUGCGUAUUCACUAAAGCCUUGAUGGAUAAAUGGAGAAAUGAAAGAAAUGAAGGAAUAAAUGAAUGAUAUCUUCAAGGUGUCACAUAGUGAACCUGACUGCUGGGGAGAAUUGAUGAGCCUUGAGGUUGCCUUACUCGCUCCAGUGGCUAUGUUUUUGGAGUCAGUCUUUCCCAGCUGCUGUUCAGCCUCAUGACCAGGAGCUGGUCAGACCCUAGCGCCUUCCUCAUUUGUCUACAUUGACUGAAUUGAUGAAUGACAGGGUUAGGGGCAUACCUGCUCUGUUUUGGAGUUUUUCUUCUCCCGAUUGGAAAUAUCAUUCACUGUUUUUCUUUUUUAAUUUUAAAAGUUAACGUGAUAGCUGAAUAAAGUCAAACAACAUAGAGAGAUACAUCAAGUGAAAACUAAAAGUGUGGCUCUCCAUCUCACUCUCCAAGAACGCUCAUGAUUUACAGUUUGGGAAUAUA